UAAACCUUUUGCUGCAGGGGCGUUUAAGAAAAAAUAAAAGUAAUGGAAACGUCAAAAGCUACCAAAACAGCAUCUUUUCAACAUCCAAGUGACGCCUUCUGGGAUUUUAGAUUUUAUUCUGCUGCAAAAUCGCAAAAUUCAUUGCAUAAACCAAUGGACAUAGUUCCGGAGAGUUGCCGGCUAUGCCUGUCGGCUAAUUCACCAACAUUUCCCAUCUACGAACGGUUGAGUUUAGCUGAAAUUGUCGAGCUUCUGCAGGAUCUUCUUGGUAUUCAGAUAAGCAACUCAGAAGACUACACUAAUGUGUGCAACGAAUGUGCGAUGAAAGCUAAACUAAUGUACAACAUUUCCUCUGAAUUUCGAAAUUCGGAUAAAUUGUUCCGUUCCUUUCUGGAGCUAAAGCGAUCAUCGCAAGGAAUACCCCUUUUAGAUGAAACAAAAGAAGCAAUCGAGAUUGUAACUGUAUUGCCUAUAGAAGCAGUGGAUGAUGAGAUGGGUAUUGUUAUUUCAGAGGAACCAGUACAGGAAGAUGAACUCGAUAGAGGAACGCCAGAAGUACUCGAGUCGGAACUCGUCUAUUCUAGCAGUGGUGGAGAAAUAGAUGAAGAUCACGAGGAAGGUGAUAACUCCUUCCAGGAUCCCGACUAUUCAAGCGAUGAUGAAAAAUUAUCCAAUCUGAAAAUGCUCACAUGCUUUAUAUGCAAAGAAUUUACCGGCAUUGAGAAAUUGCUCAAUGUUCAUUUGAAGGAAAUGCACAGCACGUUGUCGCCCUACUAUUGUGACAGAUGUCUGAUAGGGAUGGAAGAUCUAUUGGCUAUCAACCAUCACUACCGAACGCACGAUUACCCCUUUGGUUGUCUUUUCUGUGAAUCUCUUUUCGGACAGGAAGAUGAUUUGUUGACGCAUCAAGAAUCUUGCCUCGGUUACAAGUGUCCGCAGUGUUCUAGUCAUUUCAAGUUCCUGCAUGAUUUGAAAGAGCACGAAUGCAAGGCUAGCAAAUCGUCACGGAUGUUUGGAAUCAAUACAAUGAUCGGUAGCCGUCGCAAUCAGGGUCGCUUUAUUCCACAGGCAUGUGGAAUGUGUAAUGAAGAUUUCGGUAAAAAUUGUCGCUUAGCGCAACACUUUGAACGUGAGCAUGGCAACUUUCAGCUACAGCUGUAUAGAUGCGAUAUUUGUCCGCGAAAAUUCACUGAUCUACUAGCAGCAAGAGUCCACCGGCUAGUUCACAAAAAGAGUAAUGAAAUGAAGCAACGGAAGAUUCCGGCAGUAGAGCGCAAUGAUUGUAUGAUUUGUUCGAGAGUAUUCAAAUUUAACAAGGAACUGUUGGCUCACGUUGAAUCAGAACAUGCCGACGCGGGUGUGGAAUUCCAUCAAUGUCUCAAAUGUGACAAAAAGUUCACCUCGGAGGCGAAGCUGCUCAAGCACGACUACAAUACACACCAGGGUAAACAGCCGCAAUUUUUCUGCUCCUUUUGUGGUCGAGUUUUCAACAAGAAGCUGGGACUGCGCGAUCACGAGAAUAUCCAUCGCGGAAUAAAGGAGUAUCACUGCCUAGACUGCAAUAAGGAUUUCACGUACAAAAGUACCUACGAUCGGCAUAUGCAGGUUGUUCACAGCGAUACGAAACAGUUCACCUGCGAAUACUGUCACAAGAGUUUCAAGCGGAAACCAACGCUCAAGGUUCAUUUAAGGCUGCACACCGGAGAAAAGCCGUACCAGUGUGAGUACUGUAGCCGGCGUUUUGUGGAUCCCAGUUCGUUUCACAAGCACAAACAGAAGGAACACGGAUGGAAAUCGAGCCAUUGAGAUUCAAAGGUAAGUUGUCAGUUGGAUUUUUGACUAGAACUAAAUAUAUGCUCGACAUUAUGCAUCACGUAAA